UAGUAAAUUAAAUUAAUGCAUCCUUCAUAAUGUGAUACAAGAGUUGGAAGAAUGUCAUCAAAGGUUCAAUAUACUUCAGGAUUAAGAGGUCGUUCCUCAGCCACCUCUUAUUCUGUGCGGAUGAAAACGUCUUCAAAUGAACAUGACAGAAUACAAAAGAAGACAUUCUUGAAAUGGAUAAAUUCUCAACUUUCCAAGGUUGGAAAACCAGUGAUAAAGCAUCUUAUUGAUCUUUCUGAUGGAAAAAUACUUCUUGAUGUACUGGAAAUUCUUUCUGGAGAUAAAUUGGUAUGCGAGAAGGGCACAAUGAAAUUGCACAAGAUAAACAAUGUCAAUAAAGCAUUGGAAGUACUGAAGAAACAUCAGAUCCGGAUUGUUAAUAUUCAUCCUGAAGACAUUGUAAACUGCAAUGAAAAAAUUAUGCUUGGACUUAUAUGGACCAUCAUCUAUCAUUGGCAGGUUAAAGACGUCAUGGCGGAAGUUAUGGAAUCUUUACAACAAACUAGUUUUGAGAAUACAUUGUUAGGUUGGGUUCGUCAAUCAACCCGAGGUUAUAAAAAUGUCAACGUAAUCAAUUUUACAUCAAGUUGGUCUGAUGGGAGAGCAUUAUGUGCACUGCUGCAUAGAUAUAGGCCUGAUUUCUUCGAAUUUGAAGACACAGAAAAGCUUUCUGCAGAUGACAAAUUGGACAAAGUUUUCAAAGAUGCGUAUAAACAUCUCGGUAUCGAAAUGUUGUUGGAUCCUGAGGAUGUUAAUUGUAAAAGCCCAGAUAAAAAAUCAAUCAUCAUGUAUGUCACAUCGUUAUUCCGAGUUUUGCCGCAACAAAUAACGCUAGAAGACAUUGAAGAAGUGAAAAAGAUUGGACAACAAAGUCAUCACGAGUCUGCAGAAUCAGCAGAUGACGAUGGAUCUUUAUCCGAAUUUCAACUUCGUGAUUUAAUUGGAGAAUACAAGAGACAACUAGACAUUGUUAAUGACUGGUUAACGAAAUCAGAAAAUGUUUUGCAAACAAAAUCACAAAAAACGGAAGAAGAUUGUCCGAUAUCAGAACAGUUUCAUCAACAUGAGGCCUUUAUGCUCGAACUCAUGUCAAAUCAAGAAAGAAUUGGUACAGUGUUAUCCACUGGUCAAAAAUUACUUGAUACCAAAAUGUCUACACAAGGAAAUGUAAAAACUGAAUCUGGUUCGCUCCCAGAAAAAGAGAAACAUCAAAUUUCAAAACAAAUGGAAUCUUUAAAUUCUAGAUGGGAAAAUCUACGCAAGAGGAGUAUGGAAAGACAAUCAGAUCUUCAUACGAGAUUGGUUGAGGUUCAAAAGAAUCAAAUUAAAUCAUUGGAAGAAUGGCUGAAGUCGGUUGAAGAAAAAAUUAAAAAUGAGAAAAGUAAUAAUUCUCUAGGAAGUUUUGAUGACGUACAAAAUAAAGUUAUACAACACAACGUCUUGCAAGAAUCUGUGAAUGAUAAAAUGACAGAAGUUAAUAAAUUAUCACAAAUCGUUAUCAUUGUUGAUGACAAAUCGGAAGAUGAUUUUAUGAAAAAUCUUGAAGAAAAAUUACAGAAUUUAAGUGACAGGUGGUCAUCAAUUUGCCAGUGGACAGAGGAGAGAAGCGGUCAGUUAAAUAAAGCAUUACUAUGUUGGAAGAAAUUUAAUUUAUUUGUGGAUGAAUUCAAUGAAAUUAAUGAAGACAUCAACGAGGCGUCUGUUACAGAUGAUCAAAUACAGGAACUGGGUCAACAACUGAAAGAAACCCAGGAAGAAGGAAAUAUUUUAUUGAUGCUUUAUCCUGAUCAGGAUGACGAACAGAGGAAAAAAAUCAAGGAUAUUCUCGGCAAAUUGGAAGUGCAAUACAGCAUGUUGAAGACGAAUGCUUUGUUACAAAAAUCUUCAACAGAUAAAUGUGAUGACAUGUUGAGAAGGUUUUCUGCAAAUCUUAUUGAUGUUCGAUCUUUGAUCAAAAAAAUGGAAGAUGUUGUUUGUUCACCUCAAACUAAAGCAUUGAAUGAGGAUGCUCAUAUUGACGAAGUGGAAGAAGUUAUAUGUUCACUUGAUAACAUAGGACAAGAUAAGGAAAUGUGUAAAACGAAAUUUGAUGAAUUGCAUAACAUUAAUUCAAGAGUUGUAAAGUUAUUGAAAGGUAAAAAUCAAACAUUGUCUAAAAUGUCUGAUGAUAUAAAAGACGUUGAUGUUAGUUGGAAGGAAUUUAACGAACGAUAUGCUACGACAUUUCAUAAUGUUAGACUAAUUGCAAAUGUCAUCAAUUAUAAAGGAUUGCACAGUGAACUUCAUAAAAAAGUGAAUCAGAGUUCAGACUGGUUAACAGAAAUGCAUAAUGAUGGUUCGUCACCACAAGAUGACGGCAUCCAUGAUGAGAUUGAAGCAAGAAUUAAAUCUGUGAGAUCUUCUGGAAAGUUUUUAACAACAUUUUGUGAGCAAAAUCCAAGUGUACAACAAUACUUGAAAGUGCCGGCAAAUUCUGAAAAACUUGUUUCACUUCACAAUGAUUGUGAUGAAAUUUGUGAAAGAUUGUCUGCAUGGAUGAAUGAAGAUGUGCAACAGGAGGAUUCUCCGCAAUCUGAUUUUGACAUUGCUCUGAUACAUUUGAAGAAUUGGUUGUCACAAGCUGAAAGAACGUUGGAUUCUGAAACAAUACAAGUAUCCGAUGAAAAAACAAUGAAAGAAGAAUAUGCAAGAUACCAAGAAUUGAGAGAAGCACUUUCUGUACAACAGAGCAAUGUGGAUUUUGUGAUGAACACAAAUGAACAAAUAACAUCAAAACGAACGCAUGCUGAAGAUCUUCGUUCUGUGAGAAAACGAUGGGACGCAAUCACCAAGUAUGUGGAAGAUAGAAUUGUAUCACUUGAAAAAUGUAUGGAACUACAGGCAGAUUUCAAGGAAAUGCAUGAAAAUCUUUCAAUCUGGCUUGACAAAGUUGACGAAGUAUCAUUAGUAAACGGGACAACGAAUCCAAGCAAAUUGUCAGAAGAAUUAAUUGCGAAAGAAAAGGAGUAUCAAAAAAUGAAAGUCUUUUCAAACGAAUUAUCAAACAAAGCAAAUGAAGAUUGUAAGAAAUGUAUGGCUGAUCAGAUGGAAGUGUUGUCCAAGCGUUGGACAUCCGCUAAAUCCGAAAUUUCAAGAAUGAAUGAUACUCAAUCCAAAGAUAUGAGUUGGAACAACUUAGCAGCAGAAAUGACCAAAUUUUUGGAAUGGAUUACCCAUGUUCGUGAAAAUAUAAUUGAGACAGAGCCCAGCAUACAGACUGUUGAGGAUCUCAAAAUACAGUGGGAAGAAAUUCAGAAAUUAGAAUCUGAAAUUGACCAACACGAAGUGAAAGUGAAAAUACUUCACGAUAAAGCAAUGUCGUUAUCUGCAAAAUCAAGCAUGCCAGAUCACAUUGAAGAUCUUCUGUCUGAUGUUAAAGAUGGAUGGAAACAGUUUAAUCAAAGGAUGAGCACAAAGAGAACUAUAUUACAUGAACUCAAUCUAUUGUGGGAAGAUAUAGAUGGUCUGUUUUAUGCUGAAGAAAAUGAAGUAGAAAAAAUUGAACAAAUUGUUGAAAAAUUGAAAAAUUCGGACAACAUUUCAGAAAUGAAACAAACUAUCCAGGAUUUUGAAAAUCAAAUGGAGGAAUCGCAAUUUGUACGAUUGAAAGAUCAAGUCGAUCAAAUGUCUCAAACUAUGUUAGAUGGUGAUAUUUUAUGUGAUGUUAUACUAGGAAGAUCAGAAGCCAUUGAAACCAGAUGGAAUGAGGCAACAUCAUCAGGAUGGAAAGGAAUUGAAUCAUUUGAUGAAAUGCAGCAACCAUAUGACUCUGCAUCAGACGCAGUUGAAAACGCUAAAAUUUUGUUAAAUGACUUGCACUCUGUCACUAAUUCAUUUUAUGAAAAUUGGCAUAACCUUCCAAGUAAAACGGAAUUGGAAACAGCAAGAAGUAAGGUAGAUUCUUCUGUCAAUUUAUUAAACAAUUCUGCCAGUGGGUUGAAACGUCUCCUAUUGUAUUCACAACUUGAAGAAAUCGAGAACUUAUCUAAAGAUUGUGGAGAAACUUCGAAAUCACUGGAAUCUACGAAGAACGAUUUCGAAAAAUGUUCAACGUACGUUGAUUUCAAAAACAAUUUAGAAGAGGCAUUUGAAAGUUUGGGACAAUUGACCGGUCACAUGCAAGAUCUCGAUGACCUGAAACCUUGCAAAUUCUCACAGAUGCAAGAUAGACUACAAAAAUAUGUGCAUCUCUACUCAUCAGUCAGCGAGGUCAAAGGCCGUGUGGAAUCUUUAAUUAAACAAGGAAGAGAAUUUACCCGAAAUCUAGAACAGCAGGAAGAUGCGCCGACUCGUGUUUUCAAAGAAUACAUGGAUGAGGACAUUACAUUGCUUAAAGGGAGAUUCAAUUCUCUAGGAAAGAAUGUUACACUUACAAAAAAUUCAUUGGAAAGCUCAAUGAAGACAGUUGCAAAGUUUGAAGAAGAAAUGGCGUCAAUAUCUGAAUGGACUUGGAACAUGAAAAAUCAAGUUAAAAGUCGAUCUAUAUUUAAGAAUGGUGAAUUGACUGACGAAGAUAUGAGAGAGCAAGAAAUUUGGAUUGGAGAUGUUAAGGAGGAUCUUGCGGACCAAGAAACUCUCCUGCAAUCUGCUCAAGUACUCCUCGAUUCACUAGAGAAAACGUUUGAUGUGAGUGAGGGUGAAGAAAUUUAUAAACAACAAAGAAAUCGUUGUGAUAACUUUAUCCAAUGUCUUGAAGAUUACGAAUCCACGCUUAAGGAAUGCAAAAAUCAUUACCCUGAGUAUCGAUCAUCUAUGCAGAGGGUUUUAAUCUGGUUGAAAACCACAGAUGAAACAAUAAAUACAUUAAAUCAACGGCCCAGUCAUGAACAAGUACAAGUUCACAAGAGACUGAUUGAAGAAUGUGAUGAAAUGGCUUCAGUGGUUGAGAAUAUUCAAAUUAAAACUAAUAUUAUGUUGAAAGCUGGGGAUGAUGCCAGAAUACCAAUCAAAGAUGAAUUUGUUAAGUUAUUAGACGAAUGGGAUUCAGUGGAAAAAAAGAUAAACAAAUUCACAACUCAGAUAAAACAAUCAAAUAGGUCGAGAUCUUCUUCUAGUGAAAGUUCGUCAACUUCGUCAUCAGAUUCGUCCUCUUCAAAUUCAUCGUUAUCGUCAGAUGAAAAUGAUAAUGACAAUAUAGAUCAAAAUACUUUAAUUCUUACUAACCCUGUGCUAAAUGAUAAAUCUCUUGAUAAAGACUUGCAACCUGAUAGUUUUUUAAUGACGUCGGGAACAAGAUUGCGAUCAAUUCAAAGCAGCAAAUCUUCAUCUUCAAGUGAUGAAGAAAGUAUAACAAUUAAGCAACCCGAAAUAAAAGUUGUCGAAGUUGUUGUCGACGAAGAAGAUCGCAAAACAGAUGAAGAGAGAACUGCUUUUACUGAUCCACCAUUUUAUAUUGAGUCUUUGAACAAGCUUCUCCAUAAAUUAGCGGAUAUUGAAUUGAUGCUCGCACAUCCUGAUCUCAAUUCAACUUUAUCUGAUAAAUUGGAAUCUCAAAUGACAUUGCUUCAGAAAAUUAAACAAUCUCUUGAUGAUGAGACGAGUACGGUUGCCAAAACACUGGAAGCGCAGAAAGAAUGUAGCGAACUGGCGAGUAACGAUGAAAAUAUUGUCAUUGGAAAACUAAUAAUGACGUUAAAAUAUGAAUGGGAAAAAAUUAAAAAGGAUUUCUCUGAAAAGCAGAGAGCCCACGCAGAUAAAGAAAAACUUUGGACUGAAUUUUUGAACGAUACUAAUGACGUACAACAAUGUAUUUCUCAUUUAAACGCAUCUUUGUCGAGCAUCAAUGACACAACAAGCACUGAUGAUCAGCAAGAGGCUGUUACACAAAUAAAAGAAGACAUGAAUCGAUAUCGCCCGAGUGUAAAACGAUUAACAAAAAAUCACAUGUAUCUUAUCGAUAUGUCUAUGUUAUUACCUGAUAGUUCAGCAGCAUCUAAAGCCACCAAACUUGAAAAUGAUUGGGAAAGGAUUGUCAAGGAAACGAAGGAUAUUGAGAAAAGGCACGAAGAAAUGAAGAAAUUAAUGAUGGAUGCAAUGCAAGUAACAACAUGGAUCGCGAACAAAGAAGAACGAGUUAAAGAUGAAAAUAACAUGCCAGAUAUGGAAGGAAUUGUAGUCCGAAUCGAUGGCUUCCUCAGUGAAAACAAACGUAUAUCACGCGAAGAACAAUUUGCUUUAGAAGAAUUGAGAGAUACAAUUUAUGCCACCAAAACAGCUAUAUCAGAGAAAACAACUGAAAAAGAAGAAAGUGAAGUUAUCAAAGAAACGAAAAUAGUUACUGAAGAAAAUCAAACUUCUGCAGCCACAGAAGAGAAAGCUCCAUCAGAAACGGAAGAAGCACAAGACUCUUCUGAUGUAAAAGGUGUUAGAUACAGAGCACAUGCGUUGAGAAAAAGUCUCAAAUCUUUAUCAGAGAAACUUGAUUCUAUCAUUGUACUUGUCGGUGAUACAGAAGAUAUGUCGAAAUCAGAAAUUCAGAUUCGUAAUUUAAUGCAUUCUGUUAUUGAACGUGAACCAAAGUUAACGCAACUUCAAGACGAAUAUGAGGAGGAAGAUAACGAAGACAAAAAAUCUAAAGAAUUAUUUGAUGAAUGCAAGACUACAUUCACAAAAUUAGCAACAGAAACGGAAAGUCGACUUGCAGUUUUGUCAUCAAUGCAAAAAGACUUGAAACAAUGGCAAGACGUUUAUGAUGAAACAAAGGCAAUGUUAACUGGUAUUCAAGAAAAUAUGGAAGAUAAUUCUGAGACAAAUCAAACUAUUGAUUCAUUGGAAGCACAGAAGACACUUUAUAAUACACAUUUAUCAUCGCUUCAUGCUGUUGAGUUGGCCGUCGAGACAACUUGUAAUUUAUCAUCAAAUAUUGUUGAAAAGUAUACAAACGAUAACUGUAACAGCGUUAAUUUCUAUACAACGGAUUUAAAGAACUUGUAUCAACAAUUACAGAACGAUGCAAAAACAAAAAUGGAAAACAUCGAUGAAACUUUGACGAAUUUACGACAACUAUCUAUCGAUGUUGAAACGUUCGUUACAUGGGAAAGCGAUAUUUCAGAUAAUUUAACAAAUUUACAAGAAAAUUGCAAAGAUCCCGCAUUAGUCGAUGAUGAAGUUUACAAAUCAUCUUUGGAAGAAAAAUUGAAGUCUUACCAAGAAGAUUUUGAUUCACACGAAACCAUGUUUCAUCGGUUAGCCGACACUGGUGCUCAGAAAAUGUAUAGUGAGGACACAGUUAUGUCUGACAGAUUGAAAGAUAUGGCUGUAAAAUGGAAACAUAUCACCUGGCAACUAGCACAAAUACAACAAAGACUAGAAAUGAAUGUUGAAAAAUGGAGAAGUUUGAUUUCCGUUAUGCAAGGAUUAUUCGAUUGGUUGAAAGUAAAAGAAGAAGAAUUAGUUGGAUAUUUUCUUCAACUUUCUGGAGAUCUUCAACAAUUACAGCAACAACAGUCAGACCAAACGUUGUUUGCGAUGGAAAUCAAAGCUAAAGAACUUCUGAUCAAAACGACAUUGCUGACUUCUUCGGAUAUUUUAACGAAACACAACAAAGCAAAACCUCCGAAAAUUAAUGGGCAUAGUAAAAUGGUUAAUGGCACUCAGCAGUAUCAACUUGAUGAAGAGGCAAGUAAAGUAUUGGAAAAUCUUCAACAAUUACACAACGAAUUAGAAGAAAAGUGGACAAAAGUUAAUUCUAAUUUGGAAGAAUGGAAAACUAAGAUUGAGACUCUCCUACCGAAAUUGCAAUUAAUAUCUAAACAAUUGGAAAAAUGUGGAAUAGUAUUACAAAAUGCGGAAGCUCAAUACGAAAAUUUCUCACUAGUUAGCGACCUUCCGAGUGAAGCCUUACAGGAUCAGAUAACGGAACUGAAACGAUUUCAGACUGUUUCUAUUCAAGAUAUCAGCGGGAAGAUGAAUGAAAUUGAAGAACACUUGAAAUUUAUUGAUGAACAAAAAAUUGAACUUUCGUCAGAUGUUUUGAAUCGUGCCGAUGAUUUGAGAAUGAGGUGGAAGUUACUUCAGGUAUCGACAGAAGAAAGAAUGAAACAAUUAGUGGAAGCUAUGAGAGAUUUCGGUCCAAAUUCACAACUUUUCUUAUCAAAUUCCGUUGAUGAUCCGUGGGAAAGAGCUGUGGCCAGUAAUAAUAUACCAUACUAUAUAAAUCACAACAAGCAAAAUACAGGUUGGGAUCAUCCGAAAAUGAUCGAGUUAAUGCAAUCUAUGUUAGAUUUAAAUGAUGUCAGAUUUUCAGCUUAUAGGACGGCAAUGAAAUUACGAAGAUUGCAGAAAGGUCUUUGCUUGGAUCUCCUCAAACUCCAGACGAUAAUCGAAGCUUUUGAGCAACACAAUCUUAACGAUGAAAAUAUCGGAAUUCUACCUCUCAUUGGAUGUCUCACAACUGUAUAUAAUAUUCUUGAAAAACAAUUUUGUACUCUCGUAAAUGUACCAUUAUGCGUCGAUAUGUGCCUGAAUUGGCUUUUAAAUGUCUAUGACACUGGUCGAGGUGGUUUCAUUCCAACCCUUUCAUUCAAAGUUGGAUUGGUUUGUUUAUGCAAAGCACCAUUGGAAGAUAAACACAGAUAUAUAUUCCGACAAAUCUCAGCACACACAGGAUUCAGUGAUCAUUUGCAACUUGGUAAACUCUUACACACAUGUAUGCAGAUUCCAUUCCAACUUGGUGAAGCAUCAGCAUUUGGUGGAAGCCAGGUUGAACCAAGUGUUAAAAGCUGUUUCAAACUGGCUGGAGACAGACCAGAAAUUGACGCAGCACAAUUUUUAGAUUGGAUGAAGUUAGAACCACAAUCCUUAGUAUGGCUUCCUGUACUUCAUCGAUUAGUUGCUGCAGAAACAGUCACACAUCCUGCGAGAUGUUCUAUUUGCAGAGAAUAUCCAAUUGUUGGAUUUAGGUAUCGUAGCCUUCGUCAUUUCAGUUACGAUAUUUGUCAAAGUUGUUUUUUCUCUGGCCGAGUUGCAAGAGGAUAUAAGUUUUAUUAUCCGAUGGUUGAAUAUUGCACACCAACGACUUCAAGUGAGAAACUGAGGGAUUUCACAAAAGUUUUAAAAAACAAACUCCGACGGAAAAGGUUGCUGAAAAAAUAUCAAAAAAUUGGAUAUCUUCCGGUACAAUCAAGAGAAGACGGAGACACUCAACAAUGGAUGUCAUCACCCGAUAGUACUUUAAAUAAAUCAGGAGAUAUAAAUACUUCACUUAUAUUAUCGGCUUCGCAAGCUCACAGUGUUUUUACAGAGGAUUCUCACACCAAGUUAGAUAAAUAUGCAGAAAGUCAUUUGUUUAACAAAGAUUUGGGAGAAUCAUUGAGAGGAACAAAUGAUGAAGAACAUAAUUUGAUAUUGCAAUACUGCCAAACAAUGGGAGAAGUUACAUCUUUAAGCACUCAAGGAAGUCAUCAUGCCGAUAAUCCUGACUACCAAGGUCUGAAUGGAGAUGGUCUUGAUCUUGAUGCCGUCAUUCAAGAAUUUGAAGAUGACCAUUAUCACCAUAACCAAUCACGUUUAAUGUCUCCACAUAACACUGAAUACAUUGCAAAAGUCCAAAUUACUCACGAAAAUCAGGAAUUGAUUGAAGAGGCACAAAAACUUAAUGAACACAAGAAUCGAUUGGAAGGCAGAAUGCAGAUGUUAGUGGAACACAAUCAACAGAUUCAACAACAGUUAGGUCAUAUCAAAUCAAUAAUUGGCGAAUCGAAUUCAAAUGAUGGAGGUUCUCUCAGUCAGUCUUCUGUUGAAUGAUUCUAGAAGCGACAGAUCCAUUUGAAUUAGUGGUCAAUAAUCGAUUACCUGCAUUGAAGACCGCUUCAUCAAUACAAUAUAAACCUGCCAAACAUCCACCGAAUUGCCUUUUGUUACAGUUUUGCAAGAAAUGAAUAUGCACAUUACAACGAUCAGUUUUAACUUAACUCAACAAGUUAAGUUUUAAAAAAUAAACAUUAAAAAAAAAAAAUUUCGUACUAUGACUAGUUUUUCUUUUAUCGACUUCUCAUAGUAAUAAGUGUUCCAGUGUUUGAUACAAAUGUUUUAUAGAAGUACAAAAUUAGAUGUAGAUAAUAUAAAGCCGGGGUCCUCAACCUGUGGGGUUUCAAAUUCUCUACAAUGUGAUUAUUAAUGUCAAGGUCCACCUCAAGGGUCGGUACUAUACCCUGUGUUGUUUUGUGAUUUGGGUAGAUAGUCUGAUGUUAUUUUUGCUCUUAGUAAAACUAAUAAGCUAUUUUCGGGGUUGCAGUUGGAAAAUUUGUUUUAAAUUUCCAAGGUGAAUUUAUAAGCAUAAAGUUUGGGAACCCUCGGUAUAACGUAAUCCUUUUCCAAAUUUUUCUUUUCUGAUUUUGACUAUCAAUGAACUUUAUUGCAUCAAUACAUUGUCCCUCAUGGUUAGCGCAUCCAUUAUAUUAACAGAUUUUUUCAGUCUCAUUGUUAAAAAUUUAAUAUUUACGAAUAUAAUAACACAUGAUUUGACGUUGUUUUGGGUACCAUGUCUUCAGUAUAAUUGUUUUGCCUGGUUUUGGGACCAUAUUUAAGCCAUAAUUGGCUUUUGAAUUUACUAUUUGUAUUUAUUGAUGUUUUGUUUAUAGUUGGAAAAUCGUAUAUAUACAUCCAAGCAUGGCAAUUAUUGGGUGAUGCUUUCAAGGCACAAUUUAUGUAUUGCCCAUGCUCAAAAAGGAUAAUUCCUGCCUGGCUUCUAGCUUUAUUUCAGAUAUUCAGGGAUGAAUUUGUGAUCAAAUUUGAAUUUUUUUUUAUACUUUUUUGGUGUUUUUUUAUUCUAAAAUAGUUUCUUUGAUUGUAGUAUAUAAAAACCAAGCAUGUUUCAUGAUAACUGAUCAUGCCUGGACAAUCUUUAGUCAUUGGCCAUGCAUGUUUGAGCGUAUUCUAAUACUCACUCCCUUGGCUAUGUUGUAUAUAUUGAUAGUGAUUUAGUUUUAUUUCAUUGUUAUUAAAAUAUUAAUCGCCCACAAAGUUUUAUCUUCUACCUAUGAUUAUUAUUUGAAAUUUACAUAGUGUUAAAAACGGCCUUUUUAAUAUAAUAAG